UUGGAUCUUUGAGAAUUUAGUACAAAGAAUCAAAUAUAUAUAUACAAGCUCAUCUCAAGGAUGUUGGACAUUGGAUUAACCAAAGGUCGACUUUCAUUUCGUUGUGGAUACAUUAUUUGAGGUCGUUGUAUUAUUUUGAAAAAUCUGGACAUGCUAGGAUUUGGUGAACAGACGGAAAAUUCUACUCACAUUCGUGACAACUUGAAAGCUGAAACUCCUCAAUUGAAUAAUGCAAAGCGCAAACUGGGAUUAAGAGAUUUGAACAUUCAGCAGCAUGUUCAUGUGCAGUCAGAAAUAAUGCGACCCUCUAAAACUCUAGUUCCCGAAAAAGUAUAUAAGGAAGCAUGUGAGAAAUUCUGUGCCUAUGAAGACAAAGGUUGUGCUCAUACAGAACAGCUUUUAUUGCAGAUGAUUACGGUGAUUUAUGCACUCGCCUUGAUAAUAUAAACUCACUUGUGGAUGGAGUGAUUUCUCUUUCUUGCAUGAGUCAUUCUUCAGAUUUCGUUGAGUUUUCAAUGAAUGACGAUGGUGAUGAAUUUGAUCCAUCAGAUUUCGAAAUACCGGAUUCUGAAUUCAACACAAUGUUCUGUUGUCUUGGCUAGGAAGUUAUUAUGUCAAUUUAAUUCAUUCUCAGAAAUGCUUUAAAUACAAGUAUCUCACUAUUGAGUGUCAACUCCAGUUUUUUCCCACUCAGCCUAUUUUUUGUGCCAUUUACGUUUAUGUACCCUUUUUAAUCUGUCAGGUUCCAGCGUUAGAUAUUGUACGCUGGAACGUCAAUUAAAUUCUCUCUCAUGUA